AUGACGAAUCCUACAGCUACUCUUGAGGUUGGUUCGGACGGCGUCGCCAUCAUCACGCUCACAAAUCCUCCUGUGAACGCUCUCCAUCCGGCAGUGCUCAACGCUCUGUUCAAUUGCCUGCGCGAAGCCCACUCGCGGCAGGAUGUCAAGGCCAUCGUGGUGACCGGGGCCAAGGGCAGGUUCAGCGCCGGGUUUGACAUCAACCAGUUUGCCAAGUCUGGCGGCGGCGGCAUUGACAGCAGGAUCAAUGACAACUUCUGCGCGCUGCUGGAGAGCGGGCCCAAACCGACGGUGGCGGCUGUGGAGACCAUGGCCCUUGGCGGCGGCCUGGAGGUCGCGAUGGCCUGCAAUGCGCGCCUCUGCACCCCUGGCACAAAGGUGGGGCUGCCAGAGCUGCAGCUGGGAAUUCUGCCGGGGUUCGGCGGCACGCAGCGGCUGCCGCGGCUGGUGGGCCUGCAGACGGCGGCGCAGAUGAUGCUGACGAGCGCGCCCAUCAAUGACAAGAAGGCCGCCAAGCUGGGCCUCGUCGACGGCGUGGUCCCCAAGGAGAAGCUGCUGGCGGCCGCGCGCGCAUGGGCCUCCGAGAUUGCCGCCGGCACCAAGCCCCGCAACUUCUCCCUCUAUAGGACGGACAAGCUGGAAUCCCUGGGAGAGGCGCUGCCGAUCCUGGAGUUUGCGCGUGCGGAGACGCAGAAGCGCGCCCCCCACCUCACCCACCCGCUGCUGUGCCUGGACGCCAUCCGCGUCGGCAUCGAGGAGGGCGGCCUCGCAGGCCUCAAGCAGGCACGCAUAUGCACACCCAACUUUUGUGCAGAGUCUGUGGCCUUUAACAAGGCAGCCUCCCUGGACACGCACAAGGCCCUCGUCCACAUCUUCUUCGCACAGCGUGCCACCAAAAAGGUGAAGGGGAUUACGGAUGGCGGUCUGAAGCCACGGCGCAUCAAGAAGAUCGCGGUGCUGGGUGGUGGCCUCAUGGGGUCCGGCAUUGCCACCGCCAGCGCGCUCGCAGGCAUUGAAGUCAUUGUCAAGGAGGUCAACCAGAAGUUCCUCGAGGGAGGCAUGGCCAGGAUAAAGUCCAACCUGGCGAGCCGCGUGAAGAAGGGCAAGAUGACCCAGGAGGCGGCCGACGCUGUCUUUGCGCGCGUGAAGGGCGCCCUCGACUACAAUGACUUUGCCUCCGUCGACAUGGUGAUCGAAGCGGUGAUCGAGGACGUGGGCCUGAAGCAGCGCAUAUUCGCGGACCUGGAGCGCGUGUGCCGCCCGGACGCCAUCCUGUCGUCCAACACGUCCACCAUCGACAUUUCUCUGAUAGGUGCCAAGACUCGCGCGGCCGAGCGCAUCGUGGGCGCGCACUUUUUCUCGCCCGCCCACAUCAUGCCCCUGCUCGAGAUCGUGCGCACCGACAAGACCUCCCCCCAGGUGAUUCUGGACACGCUGGAGUAUGGCAGCGCGAUCAAGAAGACGCCGGUGGUGGUAGGCAAUUGCACGGGCUUUGCGGUGAACCGCGUGUUCUUCCCCUACACGCAGGCGGCCUGCCUCCUGGUCGACAUGGGCCUGGACCCCUACAAGAUCGACAUGGCCAUCUUCGCUGGCUUCGGCAUGCCCAUGGGGCCCUUCAGGCUGAGCGAUCUGGUGGGCGCUGACAUCGGGCUGCAUGUGGGCAAGAAUUUCCUGGACUCCUUCCCGGAGCGCACCUACCCGGCGCACCUGAUCGUGAAGCUGAACGAGGCCAAGCGCCUGGGCGAGAAGACCGGCUCCGGCUUCUACGCGUACGACGCGCGCCGCAAGGCCAAGCCCGACCCCUCCCUCGCCCCCAUCGUCGAGGCCUCCCGCAAGGCGGCGGGCCUGUACAAGGGCGGCAAGCCGCCGCCAAUGAGCCCACAGGACAUUAUCGAGUUCAUAUUCUUCCCGGUCGUGAACGAGGGCUGCCGCGUCAUCGCAGAGGGCAUCGUGGACAAGCCUGCUGACCUGGACGUCGCCACCGUCCUCUCCAUGGGCUUCCCCGCCUACAGGGGCGGGCUGAUAAAGUGGGCGGACCUUAUAGGACCGGCGCGAGUGGCGGAGCGGCUGAACGGUUGGGCUGCGCAGUUUGAGGCGAGCGGCUUGGCCGGCUUCUUCAAGCCCUGCGACUACCUCGCCAACGCCGCGCGCACCGGCACCCAGCUCGGCGCCGGCGUCGCCCCCGGCUCGCGCAUGUGAGGCGGCCACUAUCGUGACCUGCCGAGUCUAACAAGCGCAGCACCACCCUGUGUAAUAAUGGGACCUCGGGACUGCGAAGACCUUUGUGCGAGACAUGUUGUCUGCUGGAAGGGCAGAUGCCUGGGGUGAAUCGGCAAGCAGGGGCCUCCACUCGGCUGAGCCAGCAGCAGCCUAUAUACUGUGCUUGUGCUGUUGCGCAGUC